GAGAGAGAGAGAGAGAGAGAGAGAGAGAAUCUGUGUUAUUUUAGAGGAAGAGUCAGACACACCAAUCAAAGCCUUUAUUUAGAUAUCUUUUAUCCUCCUCCAUCACCACCACCACUUCCGAACUAGCCAUGAGUAACAGCAGCUGCAUCACCCAUAAAGAUGAUGAUAUCAUUAGCUGGUUCGAAGAGGUAGCCGAGAACGCAGCUUACGUCCAGACACAGACACUCCGCCGAAUAAUCGAGCUGAAUUUCGGAGUCGAAUACCUGAGAAAAUGGCUUGGUGACAUCAAGAUCCAACACAUGGACCCAAAUGCACUCGAAUCUCUAUACACUUCGUUGGUCCCCCUUGUUUCGCAUACAGAUUUAGAGCCUUUCAUUCAAAGGAUCGUAGAUGGAGAUUCCUCCCCGCUCCUCAUUCAAGAACCAAUCACCACUCUCUCCCUAAGCUCAGGGACCACAGAUGGAAGACCUAAGUAUGUCCCUUUCACAAAGCAUAGUGCGCAGGCUACCCUUGAGGUUUUCAGGUUGGCAGCUGCCUACAGAUCAAGAGUCUUUCCAAUAAGAACAGGUGGAAGGAUCCUAGAAUUCAUCUACAGCAGCAAACAGUUCAAAACCAAAGGUGGACUGACUGCAGGCACAGCCACAACCCACUACUAUGCGAGUGAGGAGUUUAAGAUCAAACAAAAGACCACAAAAUCAUUCACAUGCAGCCCUUAUGAAGUAAUCUCAGCUGGAGACUACAACCAAUCCACCUACUGUCAUCUACUCCUGGGCCUUGUAUUCUCUGAUCAAGUAGAGUUUGUCACCUCCACCUUUGCCUUCAGCCUAGUUCAAGCCUUCACAGCUUUUGAGGAGUUGUGGGAAGAGAUAUGUAAGGAUAUCAAGGAAGGGAGUCUAAGUCCUAAAAUCACCUCAUCAAAGGUUAGAAAAGCUGUGUUGGACUCUUUCUCUCUGAACCCAUCUCUAGCAUUGAGGAUUGAAGAGAAAUGCAAGGAAUUAAAAGGUGUGGAAUGGAUGUGUGUGAUUCCCAGGCUAUGGCCCAAUGCCAAGUAUGUUUAUUCAAUAAUGACGGGUUCAAUGCAGCCUUACUUGAAGAAACUAAGGCAUUACGCGGGGGAUUUGCCUUUAAUCAGUGCUGAUUAUGGUGCAACAGAAGGGUGGAUUGGAGUGAAUGUGGAUCCUUCUUCUCCUCCAGAGAAGGCUACAUUUACUGUUGUGCCCACAUUUUCUUACUUUGAAUUCAUACCUCUAUACAGACACAAGGAAGACACUGAAAUGGAGGAUGAUUUUAUAGAAGCAGAGCCAGUGCCUCUCUCACAAGUCAAGGUUGGCAAGGAAUAUGAGGUGGUGCUCACCACUUUUACAGGGCUGUACAGAUACAGGCUAGGAGACGUGGUAGAGGUGGCCGGUUUUUUCCGAGGGACACCCAAACUAAACUUCAUCUGCAGGAGAAAGCUAAUCCUGACCAUUAACAUCGACAAGAACACAGAGAAAGACCUCCAGCUGGCCGUAGAACAUGGGUCCCAGUUCCUGAGCCAGGCCAAAGCCGAGCUGAUCGAUUUCACUAGCCAUGCAAACGUAACCAACCAACCAGGCCACUACGUGAUUUACUUGGAGAUCAAGGGCGAUGUCGAUGAGACACUCCUCGCCAAGUGCUGCCACAAGAUUGAUGAGUCGUUUGUCGACUACGGCUAUAAGGUGUCCAGGAAAUCUCAUUCGAUUGGACCGUUGGAGCUCUGCAUUGUGGAGAAGGGCACGUUCAACAAGAUUUUGGAUUGCUUCAUCGCCAAUGGCGCCGCCAUGAGCCAGUUCAAGAUGCCUAGGUGCACCACCAACCAGGUCCUCAUCAGGAUACUCGACCGAUGCACCGUUAAACGGGUCCGCAGCACUGCUUAUGGGUGACAGCUUCACUUCUACCUAGCUACUAUUUCCACCCACCCACUUCGACUUACGCACCCUAUUUCUAUUUUUGGUAAUGCACUAGUACAGAUUUUCACUAUUCUAUUAACACAAGUGAAAAAAAAAAGUGACUCUAAAUAUCAAUAAUGAAAGAAUGUGAUGAUGGGA